AUGGCCAUGGCCGCCACCAGAAGUGUGAUGAGAGCUGUCAGAGUUUUUGAAUUUGGUGGCCCUGAAGUUCUUCAGCUCCAGUCAGAUGUCCCAAUUCCUGAUCCAAAAGAAAAUCAGGUGUUAAUUAAAGUCCAUGCCUGUGGGGUGAAUCCUGUUGAGACAUACAUUCGUUCUGGAAACUACGCCAGGAAACCAGCGUUGCCCUACACUCCUGGCUCAGAUGUGGCCGGUGUGAUAGAAGGUGUGGGGCAACGUGUGGCUGCAUUCAAGAAAGGUGACAGGGUUUUUACCAUCGGCACGAUCUCGGGAGGAUAUGCAGAUUAUGCAGUCGCUGCAGCUAAUAGCGUCUUUCCUUUGUCGGAUGAACUGGACUUCAGGCAAGGAGCAGCGAUCGGAAUACCCUACUUCACUGCUUACCGCGCCCUUUUCCAAAAAGGGCGUGCCCAGGCGGGGGAGAGCGUGCUGGUGCAGGGCGCGAGUGGGGGAGUGGGAAUAGCAGCGUGUCAGCUAGCCAGAGCUCGUGGCUUAACGGUUCUGGGUACAGCAGGAACCGAGGAAGGCAUGAAGGUGGUGCUGAGGAAUGGCGCUCACAAAGUGUUUAAUCACAGAGAGGCUAAUUACGUUGAUAAAAUUAAGGAAUACACGGGGGCGGAAGGAGUUGAUAUCAUCAUCGAAAUGCUCUCCAACAUCAAUCUUGCUACUGACCUGCAACUGCUGUCCCGUGCAGGAAGGGUGAUGGUCGUGGGCUCUAGAGGUCCCACUGAGAUAAAUCCGCGAGACGCUAUGAGUAAGGAAUCCAGCAUUAUCGGGGUUAGCCUGUUCCUGGCAACGGAGGAGGAGAGGCGUGAAUGUGCAACAGCGCUCCUUGACGGCGUGGCAGCUGGCUGGCUGAGGCCAGUUGUGGGCGCCGAGUACCCCCUGGAGAAAGCGGUCGAGGCUCAUGAAGACAUUAUUCACAGCAGUGGUGCCCGAGGAAAGAUGGUGCUCCUUCCCUGA